AAAUGUCGCUGCAGUAGUGUGACAAAGACCUGAACUUGAAGAAGAAGAAGAGGAUAAAAUGGAAAUAGCCAUUAAACCCUUCUUCAUGGGCUUAAACCCUACAGCAAGACACGUAGAUUUCACUGCGCUUUAUCGCAAACACAUGGCGGACGUCUCCGUUCCAACUCUCUCUUCUAGAAGAGCACGCUUUGGGCCUCAAAUGAACUGCAAAACACCAGACUUUUCUAGCAGGAGGAGUCGUAAAUAUUGUUCGUCUGUUUUUGCAGUAUUAUCAGGUGUGGAAGAUGUUGGAGUUUCUUCUUCUCAAUUUGAUGACUUCUUGGUUACUACCUCCGAAACCAAUGAGGCUAAAAAAUUGAAGAUAAGCUUAGAGGUAUCAGGUACUAAAACUCGAGCAAUUUUUGAUGAUGUAUUCGAUAAAAUGGUAGCUGCAGCCCAGCCAAUUCCUGGCUUUCGAAGAGUAAAAGGAGGAAAAACGCCGAAUAUACCUAGAGACAUUUUGUUAGAAGUCCUUGGACCUUCGAAAGUCUAUAAGGAGGUUAUCAAGAAACUAAUCAACUCCACUGUAGCUGAAUAUGUUGAAAAGGAAGGUUUAAACGUAAGUACAGACUUGAGAGUUGAGCAGAGCUUUGAAGAUCUUGAAGAUUUGUUUGAACCAGAUGCAAAAUUCAGCUUUGAUGCUGUCAUUCAGCUUCAGGAAACAGACUGAAAAAUGUGUUUAAUCUUAGUAUUCAUUUAAAUUUUGUAUAUUUGUUUAGUUAUUUUCUCAAAGAAAGUUGUAUACACUGUUGAUCUUAGACAAGAAAUUAAUGAAAUGCCUA